AUGGUCGUGAAGAAAGAAACAGAGCCCUUUCAUGUAAUUCACAAGGUUCCUUCAGGUGAUGGUCCUUAUGUAAGGGCUAAGCAUGCUCAGUUGGUCGAGAAAGAUCCAGAAACAGCAAUAAUAUGGUUUUGGAAAGCCAUUAAUGCAGGAGAUAGAGUGGAUAGUGCUCUUAAGGAUAUGGCCGUGAUUAUGAAACAGCUGAAUAGAACUGAAGAAGCAAUUGAAGCCGUCAAGUCCUUCAGAGGCCUUUGCCCAAAACAAGCCCAAGAAUCACUCGACAAUGUUCUCAUUGACUUGUACAAGAAAUGUGGAAAAGUUGAUGAACAAAUAAUGCUGCUGAAGCAUAAGCUUAGACUGAUAUACACAGGAGAGGCCUUCAAUGGGAAGCCAUCAAAGACCGCGCGCUGUCACGGCAAGAAGUUUCGAGUUUCAGUAAGGCAGGAAAUUGCCAGAAUACUGGGAAAUCUAGGCUGGGCUUACAUGCAAAAGGGCAAUUACAUGGCAUCAGAAGUUGUAUACCGUAAAGCACAAAUGAUCGACCCAGAAGCGAACAAGGCCUGCAACUUGUGCCAUUGCCUAAUGAAACAGGGUCGAAACGAAGAGGCACGUUCAGUUCUUCAAGAAGUACUGCAGUAUAAACUCCCUCGUUCUGAUGAUUCGAAGUCGAGAAAUCGUGCGGAGGAGUUGUCGUUAGAGUUGCAGGAAUCUGGGAUGCCUUUGCCAUCGUUAACGCCAAAUCUUCCUGAAGAUCCAACUUUUGAAGAUGAUUUUGCUGAAGUGCUUGAACGUGUGAUGAAUGAAUGGGCUCCUGCUAGAUCAAGAAGGCUUCCAAUUUUUGAACAAAUUUCCCAGCAGCUUAGAGAUCAGUUCGCUUGUUGA